AUGAAAUCCCACAUGGCCAAACUCCGUCUCCCACCCAUAUCUUCCUCUGCCACCACUUGCCGCCGCCGCCCUCGCCCCGAUGACGACGAAUCGUCGUCUUCUUUCUCCUAUUCCUCUUCAAGGGAAGAAGAUGAUGAGCUGGAAGUGGAGCAGGAAAUCGUCAAGAGCAGAGCGGUGGCGGAAUUUGGGGGAUUUGGCGAUGCUGUUUACGGGUUGAGGGAGAACCCGAGGAAGAGUUUCCGGGUCGCGGAUCCCGAGUUCUCCUUCGCUGGGUCGUCCUCCGUCGUGCAGGACAGGUAG